AUGGGAAGCACUUCAGCUCCAGAGGCUCUCUCUGCUUUUCUAUUGCUUUGUUUCUAUGGCACACUAGUUUGUGCCAAAUACAUAAAGUACGAUACUGGGGCUGCUAUUGUGCCAGGAAAAUUGAAUGUUCACCUGGUUCCACACUCCCAUGAUGAUGUUGGUUGGCUCAAAACCGUUGAUCAGUAUUACGUUGGAUCAAACAAUACUAUUCAGGGGGCUUGUGUUGAGAAUGUGCUGGACUCGGUGGUUGUGUCUCUUCAGAAAGACCCAAAUAGAAAGUUUGUGUUUGCCGAAGUGGCAUUUUUCCAUCGAUGGUGGGAAGAACAAAGUCCAGCAACACAAGAACAAGUGCGAAAGCUUGUGGACGCGGGGCAGCUAGAAUUCAUAAACGGUGGUUGGUGCAUGCACGAUGAAGCGGCAACGCACUACAUAGACAUGAUUGAUCAAACGACUUUGGGCCAUCGAUUUUUAAAGGAUGAGUUUAACAAGACUCCCACCGUUGGAUGGCAGAUUGAUCCAUUUGGACACUCUGCUGUGCAGGCUUACCUUCUCGGAGCUGAGCUUGGGUUUGAUUCUAUACAUUUCGCAAGGAUUGAUUAUCAAGAUAGAGCGAAGCGCAAAGCUGAUAAGUCUCUUGAAGUUGUUUGGCGUGCCUCCAAAACAUUUGGUUCUUCAUCUCAGAUUUUUGCCAAUGCUUUCCCCGUUCAUUAUAGUGCUCCAAAUGGUUUCAACUUUGAAGUCAAUAAUGUUGAUGUUAAUGUUGUCCCAGUGCAGGUUCUAGCCCUCAACAACUAA